UUGAUCGAUCGAUCGGAGAAGAAGAGCGAUGGGAAAGGUGAUGGAGAGUGAUGACUACCAUGGAGCUGUGGUCGAGGGGAAAGUGGUUGUAGGAGAAAGGGAGGAGGAGCAGCUUCUGGAGGAAGAAGAACAAGACGAUGACGAGCUGGUACUACCUGGUUUCCGAUUUCACCCCACAGACGAGGAGCUCGUAACGUUCUAUCUCCGGCGGAAGGUGGGCGGGAAGCGCCUGAGCAUAGAGAUCAUCAAGGAGUUGGACAUCUAUAAGCAUGAGCCCUCUGACUUGCCAAAGGCGAACAUGGUUGCAGGCGACAAGGAAUGGUACUUCUUCUGCCUUCGGGGUAGGAAGUACCGGAACAGCGUCCGGCCGAACAGGGUCACCGGCGCCGGUUUCUGGAAGGCCACAGGCAUCGACCGGCCAAUCAAUGCCGGCGGCGUGUGCGUCGGCCUCAAGAAAUCCCUCGUCUAUUACCGCGGCAGCGCCGGCAAGGGCACCAAGACGGAGUGGAUGAUGCACGAAUUCCGCCUCCCGCCGCGCCCCGACGUCUCCCCCGCGCACUCCUCGCCGUGCUUCCAAGAAGCGGAGGUGUGGACCAUCUGCCGGAUCUUCAAGAGGACUAUCACCUACAAGAGGCACCCGCAGCAGCAGGUCACCGGCAGGGUGGCUGCCGCCGUUGCGCCGCAGCCGGAAUCGAGCUCCGUCACCGGCUCCUGCAGCCUCGAGUCGGCGUGCACCGGGGAGUACGAGUACGGGUACAUGAACUGCCCGCAGGUGGCGCCGUCGCAGAUUCCGGACGCUGCGAACAACGUGACAAGUGUCUACAACGACCAGAAUUUCCAGGGGCUUCAACAUUGGAGCAACACCGAGGUGCAUCCGAUGGCCACGCAGCCUCAGCCGGCGAUGGACUCGUUGAGCGUUCCCAGCUCACCAGGGGCGGCGAACGAUGCUUACUGGGAUGAUAUUGGAAGGAUGGUGAUGGAACUCACUGAUCCCACUGUGUUGUAUGAUUGUAGAUAUUAA